GCGGUUUCGUUUAUUAUAGUUUUAGCUACACCCCUAAUUGUACCAGCAUUGUCCUCCCCCUUCUUCCAGCCUAUCAAAUUCUCCCGAAGCUACCGCACCUUAAGCCCCUCCAGGAGUAACACGGCAUUUAAACCACAGACAUUUCCCCGACGCUCACGAGACUGAACCUCAUUCUUGAUCUUAUUUCUGAUUCCUACACGACUUGUACCUGCUCGCCCAGCAUGCGCACUUUAUUAUUCUCCAUCCUCGCAGUUGUGGCAAUCCUAUCGGGCUCGACGCUUGCCGUGAAGGGUGUGAUUAGCGAUACACUGACCUCAGAUGAGGAAGGCUGUCUUUCCCUCUGUGGAUUGAAUGAUGCUUGUCUCCUGGCAUUGUAUCAAACGGAAUGUCGCGAAUGCUGGCUGAUGGAUUGCUCACUCCAAUUCAUGCCAGUUGGCUUCACUGGCGGAGGAAAGGAUACGAUUAAAAUCAAACCCACCUGCGAUAGCGCCUUAGUACCCAAGCCACGAGAAGACGGAUGCAAGGAUGCGCCUGCGGCGACUACGAGCGCGGCCGCUGCCACGACCACGAGCGCGGCCACUGCCACUACCACGAGCGGCGCGGCUAGAUCGAGUGAGACGGGCGUCAAGGGUUCUGCAACUUGGCGCACAAGCAUUGAUUGGUUGCCUCUCGGCGCUGUUGUUAUGGCAAAUAUAGUGGUUGCUACAUAAGGAGGGACCUUAUACAGAGGGUUCACGUACCUAUACAAUAUCUGGUUGAGGGCUGGAGGCGCAAAGGACUGUUAAGAUCCAAUCGGGGAUCUCACAAGUAUCAUAGUAAUGUUCAGUCAGGCGCCAACUGAGACGACCUCGGGGUCGGCGCCUAGAAGUCACGUGACCGACAGACGCGACAGAUGCUGUCAAAUCUGUCGCAGACCCGACAGCGUCUGUCAAGUCUGCCACGUGUCCUAUAUAGGAACUCGAGUAUGAACCCUCAUACUCGUGUUCAACCUGUUUAUCA